AGAGGUUAUUGAGUUGAACUGAGUUCAAAGGUGGGAUUUGAAGGUAGUGUUGGAGGAGAGUGGCGUGAAGGUAGAAGAAGAGGGUUUUGGCUUUGUUGUCUGGUGAGUCACUAAGAGUUUAUAGAGAAAAUGGCAAGGUCUACCAGCAAGGAUGCCCAAGACCUUUUCCGUGCUCUUUGGUCUGCUUAUUCCGCAACCCCUACAAAUCUCAAGAUCAUUGAUCUGUAUGUCGCCUUCGCUGUCUUCACCGCCCUCAUCCAGGUAGUUUACAUGGCUUUGGUGGGUUCAUUUCCAUUUAACUCCUUCCUUUCAGGAGUACUUUCUUGCAUAGGGACUGCAGUUCUGGCUGUUUGUCUCCGGAUCCAAGUGAAUAAAGAGAAUAAGGAAUUCAAGGAUCUUGCACCCGAGCGUGCUUUUGCAGAUUUUGUUCUCUGCAAUUUGGUACUCCAUUUGGUGAUCAUGAACUUCCUUGGUUAAAUUGGGUUUGUGUGGCUUUUGUUGUUUCCAAAUGAACCCUUGGAUAAUAAAAAUGAAUAGUAGUAUACCUGGAUUUUUGCAAUAGUAUUUAUAUAUAGUCACUGGCAUUUAGACAAAUAUUUUAGUUUUAUGUUGAAUCCCACCCCCUCUUUUGGGUCAUUGUUUUGAACAAAGAGAUAGUAGAAGUUUACUUUGCCAAACUACUCUUUGAAUGGUGAUUUACACAAGGUGUUCACAUGGAUAAGUAAAUCCGAGUACUACUGUAGUC